GUCAGAUGGCCCUUACGGCGCAUGGCGCUUUGUCGCUACCUUCAGCCAAUGGGUUGUGAGGAGCUGUCAUGGCGGCUGCUAGUUUAGAACCUUGAUUGUGUUGUGGUCGCAGAAUUGUAAAAUGAAGCUAGUAAACUUGAAACAGGCCAUUCUACUGGCCUGGAAGGAGAGGUGGAGCGAUUACCAAUGGGCUAUCAACAUGAAGAGAUUCUUUCCCAAAGGAGUUACCUGGGACAUCUUGAAUUUAGCAGAAGCACUUUUAGAUCAGGCUAUGAUUGGACCUGCACCCAACCCUCUUAUCCUCUCCUAUCUCAAGUAUGCUAUCAACUCUCAGAUGGUGUCCUACUCUACAGUCCUGACAGCUAUCAGUAAGUUUGAUGACUUCUCUAGAGAUCUGUGCAUCCAGUCUCUUCUGGAGAUCAUGGACAUGUUCUGUGAUAAUCUGAGCUGUCAUGGUAAAGCAGAAGAAUGUCUAAGCUUAUGCCGGGCCUUAAUGAACGCUGUAAACUGGUUAUUGCGAGGCGCAGCCUUCUAUGUGGAGAGGUUGAAGGACGGUUUGGAUCCUGUGAUCGGAGAAAGUAACCUGUCAAUGUGUCUGAAGAGGCUUGAGGCAAUCCUCAGUAGUACCAAGAACAGAGCACUCAUCCAUAUCGCCAAGCUUGAGGAACCAACCUCCUGGGCAUCCGUGGAACAGUCAUUGCUACGACUUGUCGAGUGCAUAAAUCUCCUUCCAAGUGUUCAGCUGCAGAGCAAAGCUGAGGAUUGUAUCUCACUAAUCAGGAGCAUCCCAUCUAUGUUGUGCUCACAUUCUGACCAGCUGCAUCGGACUGGAUUCCCAACAGUUCAUGCCGUUGUCAUGUUAGAAGGCACAAUGAACCUGACAGGAGAGGCACAGCCAUUGGUUGAACAGCUGAACACAGUGAAGAGGAUGCAGCGGAUCCCGUGUCAUCUCUUCCUCUUAGAAGUCUGGAAAGCUUGCGUUGUAGGGUUAAUAGAGUCCCCUACAGGGACCGAUGAGUUGAAAUGGACUGCAUUUACCUUCCUUAAGAUUCCACAAGUGCUAUCAAAAUUAAAGAAAUUUUGGCAAGCAGAUCAGGAUUUCAAUGAGGACAUGAACACUGCAUUUGAGUAUCUACUUAAACUUACCCCGUUAUUGGAUAAAGCUGACCAGAGAUGCAACUGUGACUGUGUCAGUCUAUUACUUCAGGAGUGUAACAAGCUCGGGCUGCUCUCGGAUCAUAACUUGGAUCACCUUGUGGCUAAAAGAUCUGCAGAUCGAGAACAGGCUCCCCGAUCAUCCGAAAGCUCUGCCAUUCAGCCCAAUCCAGGCCUGAUUUUACGAGCAGAACCUACUGUGACCAAUAUUCUCAAGACAAUGGAUGCAGAUCACUCAAAGUCUCCAGAAGGUCUUCUGGGAGUCUUGGGACAUAUGUUGACUGGAAAAAGUCUGGAUCUCCUACUGGCUGCUGCAGCUGCCACGGGGAAAUUGAAAUCUUUUGCUCGGAAAUUUAUCCAGCUGAAUGAAUUUACCCGGCAUAUCAGUGCUGAAAGCUCAAAAGCCGCCUCUACCCGUGCUCUUCUGUUUGAUAUCUCCUUUCUAAUGCUCUGUCAUGUGGCACAGACAUAUGGCUCUGAGAUGAUCCUGUCAGACGGGAGUGCAGGUGGAGAGACACCAUUCUUUGAAAGCUGGAUGCAGACCUGUAUGCCAGGAGAGGGCAAAGUGCUAAACCCAGAGCACCCCUGCUUCCGCCAUCCUGAUAUCCCCAAAGUGGAAGCCUUGGUAGCUCUGCUCAAUACAUCCACAGAGAUGAAAUUGGUUCAGACAAAGUGGCAUGAAGUUUGUCUUAGUAUUCCUGCAGCAAUUCUUGAGGUUCAUAAUGCCUGGGAGAACGGAGUCCUGUCAUUUGAAGCCAUCCAGAAAAUCACAGACAACAUUAAAGGAAAGGUUUGUAGCUUGGCUGUGUGUGCUGUUGCCUGGUUGGUGGCCCAUGUUCGUAUGUUGGGCCUGGAUGAGAGGGAUAAAUCUCUGCAGAUGAUCCGGCAGCUGGGGACACCUAUGUAUGGUGACAACAUUCUGCAGUUUUAUAAUGAGCGAGUGAUCAUCAUGAGCUCCAUCCUGGAGAACAUGUGUUCUGAAGUUCUGCAACAGACAGCCACUCAGAUCAAAUUUGCUGUGACUGGAAGUGAGCCUGUGCCUUAUGUUCACCGCCUGCCCUCCAAGAAGCCAAUUAAAGAGGUCUUGCAUGGAGCCUUCAGUUCCACAUUAGAGAAGGGCUGGGUGGACAUCAGGUCUCUCCACAUCUUUGACACCUUACUGCACAUGGGGGGUGUCUACUGGUUCUGUAACAACUUGGUAAAGGAGCUCCUUAAAGAAACUCGGAUGGAAUUUGCAUUGCGAGCAGUAGAACUUCUUUAUGCCAUCUUCUGUCUGGACAUGCAGCAGCUCACACUCACUCUCUUAGGACAUGUAUUACCAUCUCUUUUAACUGACUCUUCCAAAUGGCACACGCUGAUGGACCCCCCAGGACGGGCACUGGCAAAAUUGUCUGUUUGGUGUGCAAUGACAUCAUAUUCCACCCAUAAUAAAGGACAGCCAUCCCCCCGCCAGAGGAAAAGGCACAGAGAAGACAUUGAAGAUUACAGCAGUCUGUUUCCACUAGAUGACAAUCAGCAGUCUAAACUCAUGCGUCUUCUCAGCUCCAAUGAAGAGGAACACUCUGUGCAAGCCAACCCCACAGAUCGCCCCAUGAACAGCUCUCUGUCUGCCUCACAGAUUCACAACAUUAGCUCCAAAGAGCCCUUGAACAGAGUACUAGCUAACCUCUUCUUAUUGAUCUCGUCAAUUCUUGGAGCCCGGAUGGCUGGUGCCCACACACAGUUUGUGCAGUGGUUCAUGGAGGAAUGUGUAGAGAGCCUGGAGCAGGGAGGAAAAGGGGGGAUCCUUCAGUUCAUGCCUUUUAGUAUGGUUUCAGAACUGGUUAAAGUCUCCACACUUUCAAGCCCAAAAAUUGUUCUAGCCAUCACUGACCUGACUCUUCCUCUUGGGAGGAGAGUAGCCGCCAAAGCUCUGACUGCCCUCUAAGAGUCUACAGACAUUCGCCUGCCUUUCCUUACAGCUGACACGUUUUCUGCUAGCUGGCUAACGUCUUCAUGACGCAUACAAGUGGCUUUACAAUACACAGAUUCUACAGAUCACACUUUCAUGUUGCAAGAUCCCAUGCUUAUUGUUUGGUGAACGCUGGACUUUUGCGAUCUAUACAUUUUACCUUGAUUACAGACAUCCCAUUACCUUCUAAACAUCGUCAUGAGUAAAUGUGGCUGUACACAAUAGAUGACUGUCAUCUGAACCUGCCAAUAUCACUGGGACAUAAAAUGUGUUGUGGUGUGUCAACUCCACCAAUGGAUCAGGCGUUUUGAAGUUCAACAUGCUCAAACCUUUGUUCCCAAAGGAGCUGCCAUCAGUGAUGUCUGGCAAUGGCAUAUUCCCCUCUACUGAUUGAGAAUGCAUGCCCAGCAAAGCAUAGAUGUUAUUCAUGAAUAGGUGCGACCCAAAAGCGGGCUGAAGUGUAUAGCCAGUUUAAGUAAAUGUUCUUUCGCUUUACCAGUUGGUUUAACUGGCUUGUGUUUGCUGUUGUCAGUGGUGACAUGUGGUACUGCAAGUAACAGUAAACUGCGUGUGUCCUUAAAGGGGUUAUCCCACCAUUAAUGUAAACAAAAUGAAAAUCAGAUAUCAUAUAGUACAUGACAAUCUCUUUCUAACAAAUCUGUCCCUCACAUGGAUCCUACGAUCUCCCCAUUCAACAUUCCAGCUGCUCUGCGAGAUUUAUGUCAAUCUGGCAGCUCAUGGGUGUGUCCCUUCUGCUGCAGCUCUCUCCCAAUCACAGCUCAGGAGGCAGUUGAAGGAUGAGCAUGUGCAUCCACCACAGUGAGAUGUACAUCAAAGUAAAAGAGGGGGGGGGGGAGCAGGUGACACUAUACAAAUACAUUGAAUUGCACAAUUCAGUGGCUAUACAAUUUUUUUUAUUAGAUGCAAUUACAAAAGUAUUUAGAUCCAAGUGUUGGUUUGAAAACUGCCGAAUAUUGUUUGUGUGACAACCCCUUUAAAAGACAAUGGCAGUUUUCUGAUUAUAAUCAGAAAACUGAGCACACUGGUGCAGUCUGUGAUAUUUAACUACUACAAUAAAAACACUCUAUGGCGAGAUUAAA